GUUUGAUCAGUUUGUUGUUUGUUGUUGUCGUCGUUGACUGUGGUUAGUUUUUAAUUAGAAAUGAUUGGCAAUGUCAAUGAUGUCGAAUGAUAUUUGGAUGUUUUACAAUGGGUUCCAUGUGCUGCAAACCAAAAGUUGUCAAAUCGUUGCUUGAAAAUAUAAUAGAAUCGAACAAAAUCGUCAUAUUUUCAAAGUCCAAUUGUGUCUACUGCACCGAUGUUAAAACCUUUUUAUCAAUUUAAACAGAUGUUUUCGCAAAUGGGCGUAGGUUAUGCAGUUGUAGAACUAGACCAUUGCCACAAUGUUCAACAUUUGAUAAAAUCGCUCGUUAAUUACACUGGUCACUACACGGUGCCACAGGUGUUCAUAAACGGUAAGUUCAUCGGAGGUGAGAUCGACGUUUUUCACAUGAGGGCCUCUGGAGAGUUGAGAACAUUGUUGCAUAAAGUUUUUCAUGGUCUGGCGUACAACAAAUGUCCGAUAGAUGUUUUACAGCCUUGCACCCCAACCGUAGUCGGUCCUAGGGCAGGCCUCCCGAAAGCCUGGAGCACCCCCGAAGCUUUCACAAAAUACAAACCAAUAAGCUAUUCGAUGAGUACACCUGUCAAGCAAUACCCAAUUUACAGGAAAGAAGAUCAUAUUUUGUAUCCAGAAUAUCGUUAGUAAACUUUCUCUUUCCUGUUAUUUUUUUUAAUAAAUAAUUGCUAUUUCCUUUU